AAAAGAAAAAAAAAAUAUUAACUUCUAUAUAUAAGAUUCCACAUUAAUGUCAUUUGAUUCUUCUCCUUGUAUGAAUUGUUUUUUUUUUUUUUUUGAACAAACUCCUUGUAUGAAUUGUUAUCCCUCUUAAUUUUCAUUUCAACAUUUUUCCUCCUUUUAUUUCAUUUCGAUAUAGAGGGAGAGAAGGAAAGAGAACGAGAGAGAGAAUGGUGGGGCACUGGGAAGAAGAAGUUGAUGGGGAGGUGGUGAUCAGAUGCUACGAUGAUCGUAGGGACAUAAUUCAAAUGGAUCGUGUGGAGAAGAGUUGUGAGAUUGGUCACGACGACCAAACUCUUCUCUCCACAGACAGUUUAGGCGAUCCGAUAUGCAGGAUCAGAAACAGUCUUCUCUUCACUAUGCUGGUGGCAGAAGUUGGGAACAAGGUGGUGGGUUCCAUACAAGGCUCAGUAAAGCCAGUGGAGUUUCAUGAUAAGUCAGUGAGAGUGGGUUACGUUCUUGGUCUCAGAGUUGUGCCUCAGUACCGACGCCGUGGCAUUGGCUCGAUUCUGGUGAGAAAGCUCGAGGAAUGGUUCGGGUCUCAUAAUGCUGACUAUGCUUACAUGGCCACUCAAAAGGACAAUGAAGCCUCUCUCGGUCUCUUCGUCGGAAAACUUGGCUAUAACGUCUUCAGAAACCCCGCAAUCCUGGUCAAUCCCGUCAACCCUGGUGGCAGUUUAAAACUGCCGUCCGACAUCGGAAUAAGGAUGCUAAAGGUGAAAGAAGCCGAGUCGUUGUACCGGACACACGUGGCAGCGACGACGGAGUUUUUCCCGGACGACAUAGACAGCAUCUUGCGGAACAGGUUAAGUGUCGGGACAUGGGUGGCUUACUACAAGAAUGACAACAUCGGAAGCUGGGCAAUGCUUAGUGUUUGGGAUAGUAGCAAAGUCUUCAACCUUAGGAUCAAGAAAUCUCGUUUGAGCUAUUUGCUUCUCACUAAAGCUUCCAAGGUUUUUGGUACAUUCUUGUCGUUAUUUGGAAUAAGGUCGUUGCCUGAUCUGUUUACUCCAUUUGGGUUCUAUUUCCUUUACGGGGUUCACGCGGAAGGUCCGUUAAGUGGGAAACUCGUUAGGGCUUUGUGUGAGCACGUUCAUAACAUGGCUGCGUCAGAUGAUGCUGGCGCACGUAAAGUCGUGGUGGUGGAGGUUGAUGGAGGAAGCAACGGCGAGGAUGAUGAUUCUUUGGGUAGGUGUAUUCCACAUUGGAAAAUGCUUUCAUGUGACGAUGAUAUGUGGUGUAUCAAGCCGUUGAAAUGCGAGGAGGAGAUGAAUGGUUUGAGUGAGUUUAGCAAAAUGUGCUUCAGAUUGAAACCUCGGUCUUCGCUCUUUGUGGAUCCAAGAGAUGUUUAGCUUAGCUAGCUAGCUAAUUAUCAUGGCAUGUUUUAUCCGAAUGAUAAUUAAAGUUCCGAAUCGAAUAUCAAAAUAUGCGAAUAUCAUUUUGCUUUCUCCUAAGAAUAAUGACUAGCUAUAUAUGAAAUUAUGUCUUCGCUUGAUAGUUUUAUUGAUUUUAAACCUAAGUGUAAGUCUACA